AUGUUUAACCCCAACAAAUAUAAAAAUGAUUUCCUUCAGAAACAGUUUUGGUCCCAGGUAUUCAAAUGCUCAUGGGAAGAGUACAUAUUGGAUGAAGCCUGGAAAAGGUGUACAGGAAAGGAGAAGCUGAAAGAUCUUAACAUUGACCUCUUCGAUAUGAACACAUCCAGGCAUAGCUACAGUAUUUCCAAUGCUGUUUAUGCAAUAGCACAUGUUUUACAUGAAAUGUACUGUUUACAAACAGCAAAGAAAAAAGCAGCUAGAGUGGAGCUCCAUGAUAUUCAUGCAUGGCAGCUAAAUUCUCUCUUGAGGAAAGUCCACUUUAACAACACAGCUGGUGAGGAAGUAUCUUUUGACCGGAAUGGUGAUUUGAAUGCUGGAUAUGACAUUCUGAACUGGGCCAUUUUGCCAAAUAAUACCCCGCUUCCUACCCAGGUUGGAUAUCUUGAAGCUCAGAUUUCCACGAGUGAAGUCAUUGUCAUCAGUGAAGAAGCUAUAGUGUGGAACACCAGAUUUAACCAGACACCAACAUCUGUGUGCAGUGAAAGUUGCCAUCCUGGCUUUAGAAGAAUAGUUCCACUUGGGAAGUUAUCAUGUUGCUUUGAUUGUGUCCAAUGCAGGGAAGGAUCAGUCUCUAGCCAAAAAGAUAUGGAUUAUUGUGAGGAAUGCCCACAAGAACAAUACCCAAAUGACCAGCAAGAUAAAUGUAUUCCAAAGGUCAUUUUGUUUCUGUCAUAUGAAGAGCCUUUGGGAAUUGUCUUGACAACCUCUGCAGGGUUUCUUUCCCUCAUCACAGUUAUAGUUCUAGGAAUAUUCAUUGAACACAGGAACACACCAAUUGUGAAAGCCAACAACCAAGAUCUCACUUUCCUUCUUCUUUUCUCCCUUCUGCUCUGCUUCCUUUGCUCCUUGAUAUUCCUUGCAAAACCAAGGAAAAUGACCUGCCUUCUCCGACAAAUUUCUUUUGGCAUCGUCUUCACGGUUGCAGUUUCCUCACUCUUGGCAAAAACGAUCACUGUGGUCUUGGCUUUUCUGGCCAGAAACCCAGGAAGUAGGGUGCGUAAAUGGAUAGGGAAAAGACUGGCAAUGACCUUGGUUAUCUUCUUCUCCCUGAUUCAAGUUGGCAUCUGUGCUGUUUGGCUGGGGACUUCACCUCCAUUCCCAAAUCUGGAGAAGACAUCAGAGCAUGGAAAAAUUAACCUUGUUUGCAAUGAAGGAUCUGUUGCCAUGUUCUACUCUGUACUCGGCUACAUGGGUUUUCUAUCCAUGGUCAGCUUCACUGUGGCUUUCCUGGCCAGGAAGUUGCCUGAUGCUUUUAAUGAAACCAAAUUCAUCACCUUCAGCAUGUUAGUCUUUUGUUGUGUCUGGUUGUCCUUUGUGCCAGCUUAUUGGAGCAAUAGGGGCAAGUCCAUGGUGACUGUGGAGAUCUUCUCCAUCUUGGCUUCCAGCACUGCUUUACUUGGUUUAGUCUUUUUCCCCAAGUGCUACAUCAUUGUGCUAAGACCACAGAGGAACAGUAAGGUGUCUUUACUUCAGAAUGCCAGUGCUCAAGCCAAACAUUUAUAA